CUAAUGACCUCGAACCCAGACCCUACCACCAACUUGCAGUGUGACCUUGAGCCGGUCUCUUUCCCUCUCUGAGCUCCCUCUCCCAGGUGCUGAUAAACCCCUCCUUCUAGUGGUUUCUGCUGCAGAACCCGAGACCAUGGCCAAAACAGUCCAGGGUGCAAUGUACCGAGGCUCCAUCCAUGACUUCCCAGACUUUGAUCCAAAUCAGGAUGCCGAGGCUUUGUAUACAGCCAUGAAGGGCUUCGGCAGUGACAAAGAGUCCAUACUGGAGCUGAUCACCUCCCGCAGCAACAAGCAGAGGCAGGAGAUCUGCCAGAGUUACAAGUCCCUCUAUGGCAAGGACCUCAUUGCCGACUUGAAGUAUGAGUUGACAGGGAAGUUCGAGCGGCUGAUCGUGAACCUGAUGAGGCCACUUGCCUAUUGUGAUGCCAAAGAAAUUAAAGACGCCAUCUCGGGCAUUGGCACAGAUGAGAAGUGCCUCAUUGAGAUUUUGGCCUCCCGGACCAAUGAGCAGAUGCACCAGCUAGUGGCUGCGUACAAAGACGCCUAUGAGCGAGAUCUGGAGUCUGACAUCAUUGGAGACACUUCCGGCCACUUCCAGAAGAUGCUGGUGGUGCUGCUCCAGGGAACCCGGGAGAAUGAUGAUGUUGUGAGCGAGGACUUGGUCCAACAGGAUGUCCAGGACCUGUACGAGGCCGGGGAACUGAAAUGGGGAACAGACGAGGCCCAGUUCAUUUACAUCUUGGGAAACCGUAGCAAACAGCACCUGCGGUUGGUGUUUGAUGAGUAUCUGAAGACCACGGGGAAGCCCAUUGAAGCCAGUAUCCGAGGGGAGCUGUCUGGAGACUUUGAGAAGCUGAUGUUGGCCGUGGUGAAGUGCAUCCGCAGUACCCCAGAAUAUUUCGCUGAAAGGCUAUUCAAGGCCAUGAAGGGCCUGGGAACUCGAGACAACACCCUGAUCCGCAUCAUGGUCUCCAGGAGCGAGCUGGACAUGCUUGACAUUCGGGAGAUCUUCCGGACCAAGUAUGAGAAGUCGCUGUACAGCAUGAUCAAGAAUGAUACCUCUGGUGAAUACAAGAAGGCUCUACUCAAGCUGUGUGGAGGAGAUGAUGAUGCGGCUGGCCAGUUCUUCCCGGAGGCAGCACAGGUGGCCUAUCAGAUGUGGGAACUUAGUGCAGUGGCCCGAGUCGAGCUGAGGGGUACCGUGUGUGCAGCCAAUGAUUUCAACCCCGAUGCUGAUGCCAAGGCCCUGCGGAAAGCCAUGAAGGGAAUCGGAACUGAUGAGGCCACCAUCAUCGACAUCGUCACACACCGUAGCAACGCCCAGAGGCAGACGAUCCGGCAGACCUUCAAAUCUCACUUUGGCCGGGAUUUAAUGGCUGACCUGAAGUCCGAGAUCUCCGGAGACCUGGCAAGGCUGAUCCUGGGGCUCAUGAUGCCGCCAGCCCAUUAUGAUGCUAAGCAGCUGAAGAAAGCUAUGGAGGGAGCUGGUACAGAUGAGAAGGCUCUCAUCGAAAUCCUGGCUACUCGGACCAAUGCCGAAAUCCGGGCCAUCAACGAGGCCUACAAGGAGGAUUAUCACAAGUCCCUGGAGGACGCCCUGAGCUCAGACACAUCUGGCCACUUCAGAAGAAUCCUCAUUUCUCUGGCCACGGGGAAUCGCGAGGAAGGAGGAGAAAACCGAGACCAGGCCCGGGAAGAUGCUCAGGUUGCUGCUGAGAUCUUGGAAAUAGCGGACACUCCCAGCGGAGACAAAACUUCCUUGGAGACUCGCUUCAUGACGGUCCUGUGCACCCGUAGCUAUCCCCACCUCCGCAGAGUCUUCCAGGAGUUCAUCAAGAUGACCAACUAUGACAUAGAGCACGUCAUCAAGAAGGAGAUGUCUGGGGACGUCAGGGAUGCGUUUGUGGCCAUCGUUCAGAGUGUCAAGAACAAGCCUCUCUUCUUUGCUGACAAACUGUACAAGUCCAUGAAGGGUGCUGGCACAGAUGAGAAGACCCUCACCAGGGUGAUGGUCUCCCGGAGUGAGAUAGAUCUGCUCAACAUUCGGAGGGAAUUCAUUGAGAAAUAUGACAAGUCUCUACACCAGACCAUUGAGGGUGACACCUCUGGAGACUUCCUGAAGGCUUUACUAGCUCUCUGUGGUGGAGAAGACUAGAGCUACUGGUCUUGGUGGCCCUCUGCCAAGCAGUGGCCAGCAGCACCAGCCACCGUGACCUGACCAAGCCAUAAGGAAGGAGGGGUGAGGGGUGGAGUUGGACUGUCAUGCAGCGGGGCCUCUCUCUAGCCAUCGAGGGUCCCGGGCAGUCCCUUCUGUUAUCCCUCCUGCUCGUGGCUGAGUGGCAAGAGAACCACAGCCACCUAUCCCAUUCACCCCUGCCUCCCUUCUACCUCCUCCGCAGCCCUCCCUAGCUUCCAGCCCUCGACAUAACCCCUGCCCUGAUUGCAGCUUUGUCACAUCUCAAAACAUACCCAGCCUCUGGCUAUAAAAUGA